AUGGCGAGCUCACCGGCCUGCGGAUUAAGUAGUGCUGCACCAGUGUCAUUGCCAGUGUGGUGCAACGUACGGAAGGGUGCAGACGUGUUAGAGGCUUUACUUGUCAACGUGGUGUGUUGUAUAGUGAUUGACUGAGAUCAUGGCGACCGCUGCAGUCCGAGACCCAGACGAUACUAGCAAGAAGAAAAAACUACAGAAUUCAUAUGAAGCAGUCGGCGAAGGCUUUAAGUAUUUUGCGAUGCCUCGUUCGGUGUCUUUACAAGCCAUGUCAACAGUAAAUCGCUUUUGGAUUAUUUGGUUAGCUACUUUGGUACGGACACUUUCAACAAUUGUUCAUACUGAUAGCGGAGCUGCCUUUCUCUUGGCACGUAGGAGAAGGUCGCUUCUGUUCGUAGAGGAGAGUGAGAGCCUUACUAAAUAUCAAAGACCGCUAUACACCGUGCACUUCAUCGUGCCGAACACGCCUGCAGCGGGCAAAAGGCCCAGCUGGCGCGGCCCUAAUUGGCUUAAAGGCUUCUACUCGUUUUUAUUCACACAAUUUAAGUUCAACAAGGGGCAUCUGGUGCCACGCGCCAACAUGACCUCUCGGGAAGACCAGGAAAUGACAAUGGAACUGGAAGACAAUAUCGUCCCCAUAGACAUGGCAGUCAACGCGGGCAACAUGGAGGCGGUGGAGAAAAGCCUGCGGAAUCUGGCGGACCAGGAGGGCGAGCUCGUCGAAUACACAGGCUGGCUCGGGGAGUUGUACCUCUGCAGCAUCGAGGAUGCGAUCGUAGAGAUAGAGAAGUUCGUUCGGGAUCGCGGAGAGACGACCACCAUCGAGGAGAUUAAAAAGUACAUCGCAUCAUGCAACGGGCGGAUCUCCGUCCCCAAAUACCUGUACAAGCUGGUCCUGCGCAAGGACACCUACAAGUUCGUAAGCUGCACAGUGAUCAGCAAUGAUGUCAAUCAAGCCACUGACGACCCGACCCUCCCCAAGGUGGGGCCGAAGCCGAAGGGUAUGAAGAACGUCGCUUGGAACGACCCAAAGAAGGGGCUGACGAGAUGGCUGACUGAGGAAGAGUUUUAUAAGUGGUCGAAAGAGCAUUUCCCGGACGAUUUCACUCCACAAAAAUGUAUAAAGGAUGCCAGAAAAGACAAAUCAAGGCAAUCAAAAGGGUUAACGUUCGACACAAUGAGUCCAGUAAAUUUUGAAGAAUACAUGUUCCCGAUGCAGGAAAAAAACAUUGUCGGGGAAAAUAAAAAUAUACGCGAUUGCUCCUCAGAUCGAACUUGUUCGCCAUUGUUGGAAAUGUUCAGUACUCUGCAAAUAUAACUGUAGAACAAGAUGUCAGUUUUAAAUGCGAGACUCCUGUAAACUUGUUGACGCUUGUUGGCGUAUUAUAAAGCCAAAAUAUUCAAACAGACUACAGUUUCGUGCUAUUAUUUUUGUUAAGGGUGAUGGUAAUUAUAUUGCAAGUGUGUUAACUUUUUGUGCGUUCAAUAAAUAACUUGGUGUUGGUUUAA